AUGGUACGGGCGCCAGAGUUUCGGAAGCCGGUAACUGUGGAGAGACAUGCAGAGGAGGCGUGGAUGGGCGUUGAGCAAGGGCUUGGAAUUGCUUCCGGGGUGAGGACAGGCUGCAGGGUGGGGGUUGAGUCUGCUGAGUCCAUGGUUGGCUGGAUCAUUACUGUUACGGUUUGUCUCUGUCUUCUCUCUGUGUGUCUCUCUGCUACUGCUGUAGGCACGUAUCAGGGUCAGUGGAGUGGUGGCAUGCGUCACGGCUAUGGAGUACGUCAAAGUGUUCCUUAUGGCAUGGCUUCUGUCAUCCGCUCACCUCUACGAACUUCGCUGUCUUCACUCCGCAGUGAGCAGAGUAAUGGUACAGUACUGCGUGACAGCCUAUCCGAUAGCCCUGCUGGCACACGUGGUGGUUUUGUGCUCAACUUCCAAUCAGAUGGAGAGGGUUCAGAGAAGAGAAAGGGUCUUUUUCGCCGUGGCUCCUUUUUUGGUAGCCUUCAGCGACUACGCAAAUCUGAUUCACGCUCAUCAAUUUCUAGUAAGCGCAGUUCAGCACACAGUGACACUACUAUGAGCCGCAUCAGUUCAAGUGACGCCAACUCUACCAUUAGCUUUGGAGAUGGAGACCCUGGCGAUGACUACCUGCUUCUUGAGGACAGUGUGGAUGCUACCACCACCGAGUCGUAUGUGGGCGAGUGGAAAAAUGACAAACGCAGUGGCUUUGGUAUCUCUGAGCGGUCUAAUGGCAUGAAAUAUGAAGGCGAGUGGUUGAAUAAUAAACGCCAUGGCUAUGGCUGCACCAUCUUUCCUAAUGGGACGAAGGAAGAAGGGAAGUACAAGAACAAUAUGCUGAUCCGGGGUAUCAGGAAGCAGCUGUUCCCACUAAAGAAUACCAAGACCAAACAAAAAGUGGAUCGUGCCAUUGAAGGAGCAGUGAGAGCAGCAGCCAUCGCCAGAACCAAGGUUGAGAUUGCCAUCUCCAGAUGGAUAGAGGGUGUUGGAGGGCCUGCAACAUGGAACACCUGUCUGACCUCCAUCCAUAGACAUUCCCAGCAGAUGUGUCCUUAUCACAUGCACCUCCAACACUCUUGCCCCAAGCUCGUGUGGGUCCUGGUGCAGUGCCUGGGAAGGCAGAACAGGGAGAUGUGA